AUGCACACCGUGUUUCGCAUUCAUGACAUCAAAGUUAUUGGCACUGGUCGACCACUCUAUGAAGUGAAUAUCUCACUGACUCUUGAUUCAGACCAAGAGUUACGCACAUUGACUGAUCAUAUCCGUCGCGAGAAUCAUGUUGGUGGCAAAGGUUGGACGCGAUUAGGCCAACUGCUGAUUUACUUGGGUCAACAAUACACGGCUGAGAAGAUUUAUGACACUUUACUGAAUCAAACAUCAGAUGACAGUGACGAGGGAUUGAUUCGUCAUCAACUUGGUUGUAUCCGAGAUCAGCAAGGCUUGUUUCAGGAAGCCAUAACAUUAUAUACCAAAUCACUUAUGCUUCUUGAAAAGUCACUUCCUGCAAACCAUCCUGCUUUAGCCAUAUUAUAUGGUAACAUCGGUUCAGUGUAUCAUAGCAAGGGUGAUUAUCCAAAAUCACUCGAAUACUACGGGAAAGCUCUUUCAGUUCAACAACAAUCACUUCCUGAAAACCAUCCUCAUUUAGCCACAUCCUACAACAACAUUGGUUUAGUGUAUCAUAGCAUGGGUGAUUAUCCAAAAUCACUCGAAUACUACGGGAAAGCUCUUUCAAUUCGACAGCAAUCACUUCCUGAAAACCAUCCUGCUUUAGCCACAUCCUACAGCAACAUCGGUUCAGUGUAUCAUAGCAAGGGUGAUUAUCAAAAAUCACUUGAAUACUAUGAGAAAGCUCUUUCAAUUCGACAACAAUCACUUCCUACAAACCAUCCUGAUUUAGCCACAUCCUACAACAACAUCGGUUCGGUGUAUCAUAGCAAGGGUGAUUAUCCAAAAGCUCACUUCUAUUGUGAACGCGCCGUUCAAAUUGCCAAAUGCUUAUUGCAACCAAACCAUCCACACGUUUUAACAUACGAAAGAAACCUAGAAUCUGUAGCGAAUGGACUGCGGAUUUCUUCUUUUCGUGCUGGAAAAUAG